AUGUCCAACCCACCACUAAACGGCACUAUUGCCUCCCUCCAAGGUUGCGUCGCCUCUCUUCAAAACUCCCAACGUCUUCUCGACUCCUCAAUUUCAAUCCUCGACUCUGGCGUCCGCGACUUCCCACGGAUGAAGAAAGUCCUCCAAUGCACAAGACACUUCGAACUAAUCUCUGAGCCCACUCUAUACGCCGCGCAAACUGCGCUUGCCUCCGAAAUCGGCCCCGAGGUAGAGCACCUCCUCCGCCGCGUUGAGCAGCAUCUAGCCAAGAUGGAGCGCCGCGAGAAGGCACUGAUAUCAAAGUCAGAGCUGCAGGAGGGGCGACUCCAACAGAAGCCGCAUGUGAGUAGGGGCGCAGUUGGGAGGCCGGGGAGCAGAGCGGGGAAUAAUGCCAAUGCGGAGAGAUUGAAAAUGUUGAAGAGUAAGAAGGAGCGGCUGGCGCAUACCAUCGAGAGGUUAGAGUUACAAGCGGGGCACAAGGAGAGACAGAUGAGGAUGACAAUGAAUUAUGGUCGUGGGUGA